AUGGAAGACAACUCUUCACAGACGAUAUUUGUUUUGUCUGGAAUGAAGGACCUGAGACCAAAAUGCCUUUAUGUUUUUCUUUCUCUCUCUGUUUAUCUCUUAAUCAUUCUUUUGAACAUGAUGUUGAUUGUGACAAUCUUCGUAGAGAAGUCUUUGCAUGAGCCUAUGCAUUUCUUUGUGUGUAAUCUCUGCUUUAAUGGACUGUAUGGAACAACAGGAUUUUAUCCUAAAUUUACAUAUGAUCUGUUAUCACCUUCACCUGUGAUAUCAUAUGUUGGGUGUUUUACGCAAUCAUUUGUGAUUUACAUAUCUUUCAUGUGUGAGUACACAACUUUAGUCAUAAUGGCUUAUGACAGAUAUGUAGCAAUAUGCAGGCCAUUAGAAUAUCACAACAUUAUAGGAGCUCAGACUGUAGCAAAGGCUAUUCUUUACUCAUGGACUUUUCCUUUCAUGUUAGUGCUCCCAAACAUUAUACUUACUGGGCAACUGCCAUUAUGUGGAUCAAGUAUUGACAGACUUUAUUGUGAUAACUGGUCUAUUGUGAAGCAAUCUUGCCUCCCGACUACAACCAUCAAUACUUAUGGCUUUGUGCUUCUCUUCAUAUUUAUGGCACAUGCUUUGAUUGUCAUGUUUUCAUAUCAAAGAUUAAUUAUUGCUUGUAGAAAUUCUAACAAUAACAAAAGAAAAUUUAUGCGCACCUGUGGACCACAUUUGGUGUCUCUGCUGAACUUCACUGUAGCUGUACUUUUUGAUGUAAUAUUCAGUCGCUAUGGAACAAAAGACUUCCCAGAGCAUCUGCGGAACGCUUUCCAAGUUGAGAUACUUGUUAUUCCACCUAUUCUUAACCCGCUUAUGUAUGGCCUUAAGCUCUCAGAGGUCCGCAAAAAGCUUUUUCAGAAGUUUAAAAAACACAAGAACAGCUUUUUGUAG